AUGAGUAUGCGUCUGUGGACCUAUCAAACCUGCGUGGAGUUUGGCUGGUACCAGACAACGACCAGCACCCGCCAGCCUUUCCUGUCGACUGUACCUUUGGAGUAUUUCCAUCAGAUGUGCAAGGACUUCUUUUCCAGCCAGAUCAAUGAAAGCUUGCUCCGUUCAGGAAUUCGUCGCACAAACCUCUUCUUCGGUGGGCGGUACCUCCCGGACCGCGUGGUGAGCGUGGUUGGAGGCCACGACCCUUGGAGUCCCAUGGGCCCAAGGGCCGCGGACGCGCAUUCUCGGGCCCCAGUCCAUAUCGUUCCAGGGGUUUCACACUGCAUGGCUAUAGGGUCCACCAAUUCCACAAACAUCGAAGAGUUAGAGAGCACCAAGAAACAGGUUUUAGAUGAAAUGUACAGCUUCCUGAUGUACGGAGACCUCAUCCAGAUAUCGGCUGCUGUGACUGCGCGGGGUUCGAUUCUGCUGUCAGUCAUUGCUAUUUUUUAUUUUCUGAUAUAA